CGUCAGAACCCUCAAAAGAAUAAAAAACGUGCUGCCAAGUUGUAGCAGGUGAAGUCAAUUACCACCAUCAGUUACUGGUACCCUUAUUGCAUUCGUCAAUGAAAUGUGGGCGACACAAAUGCUGUAUUCAAGAAAACGAAUUUGAUACACAAUUUAGAAUAUCUAUUAUUUGUGCAAUACCUGUGUUUUUAACACUACACUCUGCAGGAAUAAGGUGAAAACCCAAAGGCAAACAGGAGGACAGUCACGAGGAAAGAGGACAACCCAAGCAGGCUUUCAGUUGCAGAGAUUCUAAUAACCUCGUAGAAAAAAAGAACCCGGCAACAGUAAUUCAUGAAGUUCUAUUAUUAAAACAGUUCCCACGACACACGUGGAAAGCUAAGUACUUAAGAGUUUUAAAUAUUUCUGUGAGCCUUGGUGCACUGCGCUUCGGUUUCGGCUGUUGCCGUGAGCCUCUAUCAGAUUAAAACUACGCAUCUACUGAAACUUUAUAGACUUGGAGAAAUUUAAUGGAGCAGUCUGUUAAAUUCAAAGCCUACAACGCGUUAAACCGAGCAUAUUCAGCUAAUUUCAUCUGCGAGGCAUAACACCCCGCACCACUGCUAGUAAAACAGAGGUGCAACCAGCAAUUUGGUCUGAAUCAUCGUGAAUCAACAGUGAAGCUGAAAUUGGAUACUUUCACCUCAACCAGAUGGUACACACUGUGCAGUGUCCUAGACCGAAUCAGUUUGAGUGAAGUGGAGGCAGAAAAACGUCUUCUACGGGAACAAAUAUCGCAAGUUGGGCUUCAGUUUCCUAAAGUUUUGCAGCCCUGAUCUUUCAAAGUGGAGCGACAGGCAUAUGUAGCAAUCCUUCCCAACACGGUGAUGAAUGGAGGCAGGCGGUCAGGAUGAGAACACAGCCCAGUGCAGUGAUGAGAGUCACUCCAAAUGGGAUUUCGUCACCGAUGAAAUGCAGGACCUCACUUUGCAGAUCAGCCAGCAGCUGCCACUACUAACAGACAGGAAGAAUGUUCUGCAAUUGAGGCUUCAGCAGAGGAGGACAAGGGAGCAACUUGCAGACCAUGGCAUCAUGCCUCCAUUGAAGAGCCCAGCUGUAUUCCAUGAGCAGAGGAAAAGUCUUGAGAGAUCCAAGACAGAGGAUUACUUGAAGCACAAGAUCAAAAGCAGACCAGAGAAGUCAGAUUUGGUCAAUAUGCAUAUUUUACAAGACUGCGCUGCCGAAGGGUCCUUACAAGCUACUCAGAUGAAAAUGAAGCGAGCCAGGCUAGCCGACGAUCUUAAUGAGAAAAUUGCACUCAGACCAGGCCCUUUGGAGCUGGUAGAAAAGAAUAUCAUUCCCGUUGAUUCAGCUGUAAAAGAAGCUGCAAUGAAAGUGAAUCAUGAAAAGUUCCCCAAACAAGAAGACUCGUAUGCAUUUGAAGAAGACAGCAGCAGCGAUGGUCUGUCUCCUGAACAGCUGCGGAGUGAUGAGUCUCAGGGUUCAGUGUGCUCGCCCCCAGAAACAAAGAGCCUUGAAGAGUCCCCCCCAGCCUCAGCAGGAGCUGCACAGGUAUCUCCAAAAAGUGAAAUACAUGGAGAAAAUGAUUUACCCAGUAAUCAAACCAACCAAGCAGAAAGCCCAAUAAUGACCAGCAAUCCGCUCACAUCACCCAUACCUGUCCCUGCUAUUGUGAAGUCAAAGACAGGUGAUAAGAAUCGACACAAGAAACCCAAAGACACUAAGCCAAAGGUGAAGAAACUGAAAUACCACCAGUACAUUCCACCAGACCAGAAAGCUGAGAGGUCCCCUCCCACAAUGGACUCUGCCUAUGCCAGGCUUCUCCAGCAACAACAGCUCUUCCUCCAGCUCCAGAUACUGAGUCAACAGAAGCGCCACCACCAACCACAGCAGCACCAACAGCACUUCAACUACCAGCCCCUGCACCAGCCCCAGCUCAAGCAAUGUAAUGAAUCCUUGUCAAGGAAUACAAAUACACCCACCAGCACUAUUUCAAGCAGCUCCCUGUCUCCUGUUAAGAGCACCUUUUCAGGGCAAUCCCAGAUCUCUCCGAUAAAGCCUGCGCCCUUACCUUCCAAUCUGGAUGAUCUCAAAGUGUCUGAGCUGAGACAGCAGCUGCGAAUCAGAGGUCUCCCAGUUUCCGGCACCAAAACCGCUCUCAUGGAACGGCUCAGGCCUUUCCAGGAUCCAAACACCAACGUGGUACCAAUGUCAAGCGAUAUCACAACAGUCACCUUCCCAGUGACUCCAGUGGGUUCCAUGUCAGGCUGCCAGUCGCAGAGUUCAUCCAGCAGCAUGUCCAAUGGGUUCUACCAGUUUGGCAGCACAAGCUCCACCCCGCCCAUCUCUCCGGCGUCUUCAGAUCUCUCCGUCAACGGCUCUCUACCAGACAGCUUCAGUGACGUCCCAAUGUCCUCCCCGCAGUUCGGCCUCCAGCCUUCACCCAGCCAUCUGAGCGCCGACGAGGGUUUGAUGGGCAACAUGAAUGGGGACUGCAUGCCGACAGAGAUGGACGGCCUGGACGCAGAGAAGGACAAGAUGCUGGUAGAGAAGCAGAAGGUGAUCGAUGAGCUCACCUGGAAACUGCACCAGGAACAGCGGCAGGUUGAGGAACUCAAGAUGCAGCUGCACAGGCGCAAACGGAACCAUGGUCAGCAGGAGGCACAGAUGCUGCCUCACCAGCAGCAGCAGCACUUCUUUGGAGUUUCUAUCAAGCAGGAGCACGUGGCUUCCAGCUGCCCGCUGUUAUCCAAGCAAAUCAAAAACAAUCUACCCAGCAGCUGUAUGGAAAGCUUAAACUCUUGUGGGCCACCACAGAUCUCCAGCAUGAUGAGCCCCCACUGCUUGGAAUCAGCUGGUGGAAGCCCCACUAUGUCUGCAUUCUUGAGCCCGCAGUGUUCCCCGCAGCAUUCCCCUCUCGCCAAGUCCACAAGCCUCCCUCCAUCCCCCAACAACCCCUACCUGCUGUCAGUCUCCCCCAGCACCCAGGCAGGGGAUGGUCGCAGUCGUUCACCGCAACACAAUGGAAACAGACAACGAUCAGUCCAGAAUAGUGCUGGCCAGCCAGGGAAUUCUUGCUCCUAUUCUACAGACCAAAGGAACAUGCAGCCAGUGUUCCCCAGUGUUACAGAAAACAGUUUCAGCCGCAGGGAGCACUCUGCACCAAAGAGUCCCAACAUAGAGAACAAGAUGGCUAUAUUGCACUCUCCUGGGCACAUGGGUCAAAAGUUUCCCUUCUCUACUGUUGCCUUCUGUAGCUCAGACUUAAAGAUUAAACAACCCCCCUCCUAUGAAGAUGCAGUAAAGCAGCAACUGACUAGAAGUCAGCAGAUGGAUGAACUUCUAGAUGUCCUAAUUGAGAGCGGAGAAAUGCCAGCUCAUGCCAAAGAGGAGCGGUCUUGCAUAUCAAAAGUGCCUCGUAUCACUGUGUCCUCAGGGAGCACCAGGGUGCCUGUACGAAAAACUCAAGGGCCUUACAAACAAAUCUCUUCCUUUGAACAUGGCACCAGUAACCGGGACAACCACCUUGAAGCCUUAUUGAACAGCCCCAUGAGCAGGGCUAAUGAAAUUGCUCUGCUCAAAAUCGAGACUGAAGAUCCCCAGCAUGAAGGGAUGGCUGAAGGGUUUUCAGGCUCUCGCCAAGAGGAACUGCUCAACACCCAUGACAUAGAGACCCCACUCUCUCCAAUAGAUGCCAGGAUUUCGCCGUCGACAACCGAGGGCCAGGGUUUGAACCUCGCUUUCAACGAGUCACCCUGGGAAACCAUGGAAUGGUUGGACCUUACACCCCCCAGUUCGGCGACAGGGUUUGCCCCUCUUCCAGUAACUGGUCCCAGUAUCUUCAACACAGAGUUCUUGGAUGUUACAGAUCUCAAUUUAAACCCUGCCAUGGACCUGCAUUUAGAGCAGUGGUAAACUUGAGCAUUGACAUUCUGAAAUCAUGCAAAUAAACCAAAAUGGAAGGUAAACAUAGGAUGUGUAUAACAAAUGUUUUAUAUUAGAAAACCCUCCUGUUUGAUAUCCAGAGCUAAAAAGAGACAGGAUUGUGUUGUAAUACAGAGGGUAUGUGUUCCUUGAUUUAAGAUAUUUUAAAAGGAAAAGUGAAAAAAAACACCAUAACCAGCCUUGAUUCAUAUCUCCAGUUGCGCUCAAGAUGUGCAGCUUUGAUUACUAGGCAGUAUUAUGAUAAAACGCUUGAGGAAAAAAUAUUUCUAUUACUGGAAACAAACUGAACGGAAAGACUUUUGUUAAAACUAUUGGCUAAGCAAUAGAAAUGUACACUAUUAUGAAGAGAUACUUGCUAACCAUAAACAAUUUGUACAUACUAUACAUUUACUUUGGUAUUUUGUAAAAAGUUUAUCAGAAAGUGGUUGAGGUCUACAUUGGAUAGACACCGAGGUGUCUACAUGAGUCACAACCCAGUUUCAGAACAGCAUUGCAUAAAAAUGCUGGAAGCUUCCAAUUUGUUUUGUUGUAAUUGUAUGAAUGCUCACAUUGCACAGUUAUAGUUCAGUAAGAUUUAUCACAGAUUGCAUUUGAUUAUAUAUUUUCUUUAGGAGUGAAAUUAUUUAGAAGCCAUUCCAUGCAAAUAUUAAAUAUCAUUUAAACCACGUUUGCUUUAAAAAAAAAAAAAAAAAAAAAAGCUAUACUACGUACGUGGACAAACAAAAUGUACACAGAUUACAUUAUUUUUAUAAAUGAAAUGUUUCCAACUCACUUAUACAAAGGAAAAAGCUAUGCAUAUACAGCAAAUAUUAAUUAAUAAAACAUUAAAAGUUUGCAUGUUUGCAAUACAACCUGUUAUCCAUCACAAAGUGUGUAUGGAGAAAUAAGUAGACCGAUCGUUAUAACGAAGGAUGUAUGUGAAUGAGUACAGCAUGUUAUAAGAAGGGUUUACAUUUCACACUGUACACUGACUAAUAUCUACUUUUAAUUUACAAUGUAGCCCCACACAUUUGUAUUCUAGGAUCAAAAAUGUGUACAAAAGUAUUAAGUCUUGUACCACCCCACCCCCUAACUUUUCACUAAAAUGCUGAAGUGCUGUGUUUCUCAGACUUAUUUAUUACUUUCAACUUUGUGUAAAUCUUAGACAUUCCUGCAGCUUCAAAAUUGGAUAUAUGAAGCUUUAUUAGAACACUAACCACACAGAGUAAAAGAUUCACAAUCAGAUGACCCGUUUUGUCGGGUUAUCGAAUGCUUGAAUUGCAUUUUUUUUCUUCUUUAUAUAUAUAUAUAUAUAUAUAUAUAUAUAUAUAUAUAUAUAUAUAUAUAUAUAUAUAUAUAUUUGUGUAUAAUUUUUUCGUGUUUCUAAAAAUGUUGAAAGUAUUGAAUAAUUAUCUUAAAAAGGUGAAAAGGUCCAACCAAAGCAGCACUUUUUCCUAGCCUGUCUAACAAUUGACAUUGUUAUGAGUUAGUAAAAAUAAAUGUUUGAGUUUUAAAAAAAAAAAAAAAAAUAAAAAAAAAAAAAAAAAAAACCACAAACCCAUUCCACAUGUAUGGACCCACCUGGCUGUGGUACUACAGUACACUUAAAAUGAUGCAGAAUAUUAUUUUUUAUAAAUGAAAUGAGGGGGGAAUGAUACACAUGUGGCAUGAAGAACACACAUCACCUGAAUGUGAAGAAUUAAAUAUUGUAUACCUAGGUCCUGGAUGUCCACUUACAUUAAAAUGAGUUGAUGUUAAACUGAUACAGCAGUACAAACUCACAGACCAACAAGUAUUGUGAAACUACCAAAAUGUAUUAUUUUAGAUGUGGCUUUUGCAAUAAAAUAUCAGUGUUACUCUCAGUACAGUAUUUUUAAUAGUUCUGGAAUGACCGUGGAUGUGUCAUGUUUCAGUACUCUUUCAUUUUGAAGUAAUAUUGUUGGUUCCUGUUAACAUCAGAAGUGAACAUUUUUGGGUAAUUCAAGUUUUACAUUAUUUCACAUUACAAUAACCUUGGUAAAAGACAGUACGUAAAGUAUAAAGAAAGUAUGGUAUAGUCUAGCCAAGAAUAGCUCUGUGAAGCAUUGCUAAACAUGGUAAAACAUCAAAUUAUCAUGUUCAUCUACUGCUGUAAUACUCACAAUGGUGGUUUCAUGUUUUACUGUUUUUUCUUCAACUGCUUGGCUUUAAGGGUAAGGGCUUGGCUUUAUUCAGCAUAACAUUCAAUGACAACAAGCAAUAAUUGCGAUAACUAAUGUAAUGGAAUUAAAACCAUGUACGUACGCUAGUGCUGUUGUAGGCUUAGUUUGUGGGUUUUCAACACUUAAGUCCAUUAAAGCUUUUUAAAAUACAUGUUGCUGCUAAACGCCUGGCUCAUUUAAGUUUUUCUUUUGGUGGAAUGGUUUGAACUUGCCAUCGAUUUAUUAUUUUUAUUUUGGUUGUCUUUUGAUGCCAAAAAUAAAAUACUGUGGUUCCCACAGCGGCUCUGCGCUAUAAAAAGGUCCGAUUUAAACAAGGGAGAGUUAAAACUGUUCAGUGGGAUUCAUUUAAGAAACUACCCAUGCUACUUAACUGUAAAAAUGAUCAUUGAACAAGGAUAACAUUGAACAGAAAGGUACGACAUUGCGGCUUGACACACCACCGUUACAGGAGAAAACCACUUGUACCUCAACCAAGAUGAAUGAUUACAUACUGUACAUCAACAUCAGCUCACCCAUGAAAUCUGCCAAACGUUUUCAUGCUAAAAGAAUCCUGAAUCACUUCUAAACUGCCAUUUCAUUUAAAAUGUAGGUAGCAAGUGGCCUGUAUCUGGACGCAAGUGCCAAUUCGGAAACAACCUAUGAGAGCGCCAGUGUUACAUUGACCAAUUCCACGAACGAGAGUCCAUCCUACUCGUAUGCUUUGUUUUUUGCACUCUGUAAAUACUGUACUUUGUGCUUAUUGUGCUGUAUCAUACAGAUUGUUUUGCUAUUUGUAUAUAAGCUUUAAACCUGGUUUUGGCAUUGUGUGUUCUUAAUAAAUCUUAUGAUAAAAUCUGA